UAUUCUUAAGCCGGCAGACAUUACUUCAGUUGCUUUAAGAUCGUCGUAUCUGUCGUUUGAUCGUCGUGCAGAUAAUGGUAUUUUCUGAUAUAAAGUAAAACAUAAGACGUGAGCAACAAUCGCAGUUGUCAUACUAGUGUUGAGAUCGUUGUAUCUUCGAAAAAGGAGCGUCGAAAAUGAAUUGCAGAUAAUAGUAUUUUCUGAUAUAAAGCAAAAAUGAAAUCAUAAAAUUGUGCAUCAAAAAUAAUUGAAGUGAGAUGUGAUUGAAGAAUUUUUAUCAACUUCCUAAUAGUACCAAGCAUCAUUCCAGAUAAAUGAGGAGAUAACUUUUAAAAAAUGCCUCUGAACAUCAGCAUGUACUAAGAUAUAGACUACGUUCCAGAGAAAUAAUCGUACUUUUGAAAGGUGAAAAAACGACUUUUUUAUCUUAGCUGAUGACAAUGGCAAAUCCAAUUGCUGACCAUCUCAAAAGGCUUUACAGGCUGUCCCUGUUAGAUAUUUCUCAAAGAAGAGUGGCUGUUCUUUUGUGCAGUGACCCUCUCAAAUAUGUGCACCUCGCUACUGUGGAAAAUGAACUUGGUGAAACAAUUAUAGAAGCGAGAGAUAUUGUGUUCAAAGGCCUUGUAGACAAUCUCGGGAUACCUCAAACGAUGAGGGAGCCGUUAGUUAAAAUAAUGACUCCUAUUUUCCUGCAAACAUUUAAAUGGUUGGAGUUCCACGAAGAAUAUUUAAAAACGAGUUCUUCACGUUUUAAAUAUCGAGAAUAUCUAAAACACUUUCGUUGGACACAUAUGGGGACUAUAAAUUAUCGGAAAACAGCUGAGUCAGUGAUCCGCGAUGAAAAGUUGCCUAUCGACCUGCGAUUUAUGUUCGCGUGUCUGUAUUGCCUUGAGGAGGACAUUCAAGACCUUUGGCAAAAAUUGUCCACGCGGCGUCAAGAUGAGUUUUUAAACAAAGAUCCUUCUAAAUAUAAACAUCAGCGAGAAAUCGUUGUUUUGUGGACUUGCAUCCUGAAAGGACGAGUAGAUAAGUUAGAUCAGUUGCUCAAGAAAGUAGGAAGACGUUACUACACCACUAUCUAUCAAUAUGCUUUUGAAUGGUUUGCAGUGAAAGCUUAUGAAACGGCAACUCGAUAUUUUUUUGAGAAGUUAACUCGGGCAGAAAAAAGGGCUUCAUUGGUGAGAACGGCCACUGCUGUAGCAAAAAGAGAUGGUAACUUCGUUCAAGCAUACAAUGACGUUUCCUGUUUUCUGUUGUCGCAUAUGAAUGCGGAGCAACUUAAGAAAGUUCUCGCAGCUGUACCCUAUGGGAUCCUUAGAAUCUUUAUGGAGUGGCCAAGGCAAGAUGCUUUUGUCGAAGUUGCAACGCUUCUGUUGCCUUACCUUCAAGAGGAAAAUUACAAAAUGAUGAAUUUUGUUCUGUCCCGAAAAUUUAAAUUGGUAUAUAAUUCUCUGAAACUAUUCAAGGACAUUUUUCUGGUCAGUCCUAGGAAUUUCAGACAUUCCACAUAUUAUUUACCAGAAUUUUUUAAUAAUAAAGACACUGACACUAUCCAAUUUAUGUUUAGAAAUAUGGAUCCUGGGGAAACGUUGGAACUUUUCUUGAAUCCUAUAACGUUGUACGGUAUUUUCGAACUAGUGAAUGAAGAGGAGUGGCAUUUUUUGGAAUUUUUUAUUCGCGAAUCCAGGCUGUCCAGAGCAGGUGUAAAGAGAUUCGCGAUGGAAUUCGAUACAAAUUUUGAGUCACUAUUGGACCGGGAAACACGUGAACGUUUCGGGAGGAUGGUGGACGAUAUUUGUACCGUUAUUUCCAACCAGAACUUCUCAAAUGGCAAUGAAGUAAAUCGGAUGAAUCCAAUGGGUUUUCAGCCAAGUGCACAACCUGAGAAAGCGAGGGGCCAAGCUGAAGAAGCGAGGCCAGCCAAGAAGAAUAAAAAUACUUAAGAAGCAAAUGAUAAUAACUGGCAAGGAAUUUUAUGUUAAGUUCUUACCACAAAUUAUCAAGAGUUAGAAUAAUCUGAAAGCAAAAAUUCCAAUUUUUUUCGAGGUAUUUUGUAGAUUUGAUUUAAAAGUAGUUCGUUUCUAAAUUUUCUUUCUAAGGUAUAUUUGCAUAUUGUAAAUAGCACGUUUAUUGUAUGAUAUUGCAAAACAAAACUGCACAAUUUUUGUACUGAUGAAUCAUUUAACACUUUCUAAGGCGGUGGGAAGUAUGCUUCCCACCAAAUUUAUCAAUCUUUGUAUGAAAUUAUGUAGCUUGGCAUAAGGUUCUGAAAUUAUUUUAGUAAGUCAGAAACUCAGAUGCUUCAGUUCUUUAUCUCAGACAAAAUGAUGUGUCUUGAUUUGUUACUUAAUUAUUAAUUAACCAAAUUAAUUAAUUAAUCAAAUUAAAUUUAUCUAAUAAGCUAAAUGAAUCCCUUUUCUUAUUCUAAUUUCUAGCCUAAAAAUAUUUUAACAUAAUAUGACUAGAAAAAAAUGGCCCUUUAAAGGGUUAACUAAUAAACAAAAUUACAACAUGUAAGUUUUAAGGAUUUUUUCAAUAUAAUUUUUUAAAGAUAAAGUAGGGUGAUUCUAAAUUGCUAAAAUUCAAAAUAUUCUUGAUGAAUUUUCAAAAAUAUUUUAAAAUUUUAAACACAUUGUAAGAUUUUUAAUUUCGAUUCAGCAAUUUGAAAAUUAUUAGCUCAGUAAAAAUAAAAAAUAUUUGAAUCAAGAUUUCUUAAAUUUUAAGAUACGACUUUUAAAAAAAGCAAAAAAAGUAUUUUUUAAAGUACACUUUUUUACAAAUUUGCUGAAUCGGGAUUAAUGUAAAGCACUUAAAAAAGAUAUGUUCCACAUUUCACCCCUUAAUCUUGAUCGGUCCUGCACUUACAACAGUCAGAAUAUAAGAAAUCUUGGAAAAAAUGCAUCAUGAAGGAAAAUACGUUUAAAGUUUGAACAUUUUUCCAACAGGCUAUCUGAAACGCCUUUGAAAAAAUAGGUACCAUUUUGGCGACAACAUCUUCUCCCAGAGGAGUUUUAAUGACUCUCUUAUGAGUGGUGGGUUCUUGUUUCAUCGCCAGGGCUCGAUUACAGAAGCUCUAAGAUUUAAGCCCAUCGUCUUCUCUCAGAGGAGUUUGAAUGACUCUCUUAUGAGUGGUGGGUUUUUGUUUCAGCGCCAGGGCUCGAUUACAGAAGCUCCAAGAUUUAAGCCCAUCUUCUUCUCUCAGAGGAGUUUUAAUGACUGUCUUAUGAGUGGUGGGGUUUUGUUUCAUCGCCAUGGCUCGAUUACAGAAGCUCUAAGAUUUAAGCCCAUCGUCUUCUCUCAGAGGAGUUUUAAUGACUCUCUUAUGAGUGGUGGGGUUUUGUUUAAUCGCCAGGGCUCGAUUACAGAAGCUCCAAGAUUUAAACCCAUAUUCUUCUCGGAGGAGUUUUAAUGACUGUCUUAUGAGUGGUGGGGUUUUGUUUCAUCGCCAGGGCUCCAUCACAGAAGCUCCAAGAUUUAAGCUCAUCGUCUUUUCUCAGAGCAGUUUUAAUGACUGUCUUAUGAGUGGUGGGUUUUUGUUUCAGCGCCAGGGCUCGAUUACAGAAGCUCCAAGAUUUAAACCCAUCUUCUUCUCGGAGGAGUUUUAAUGACUCUCUUAUGAGUGGUGGGGUUUUGUUUCAUCGCCAGGGCUCCGUCACAGAAGCUCCAAGAUUUAAGCUCAUCGUCUUUUCUCAGAGGAGUUUUAAUGACUGUCUUAUGAGUGGUGGGUUUUUGUUUCAUCGCCACGACUCGAUUACAGAUGCUCUAAGAUUUAAGCCUAACAUGGCAUGUAUGUUUUGUUUUAGAGUCUGUGGAGCCUUAGUGUUGCAGAAUCGCAUAAAUAUCCCUCUUUAUCCUUUUGACGUUGUCUGUGUUUUUAACUAUGUAGUUGUGAUAAUAUCUGGUAAUUUUAGUAUGCCUGUAUCACUCAGGCUUCUGUGUUUUUUUCCACCGAGUGUUAUGCCCCUUUUCUUCUAAUCAUCCACUAGUGUACGUAGAACGGCAUCGUCUACUUGUGUAUGUAGAACAUGACCUGCAUGUUGGAUUUUGAAAAAGACACACCAAAAAUUAAUUAUAUCUGAUUUUAAUUAAGAUGGAACCAUCAUUUGAACUUCAUUGUAAGCGGAAAGAAACAAAAAAAAUUUAAGUAAAAAAGAUUGUUUUAAUUAAAUUUGGAGAAUUUUGUGUUCCUACACUUUCUUUGUGUGAUUAAAUGUGUAUCGAUAUGUUUUUUUUUAAAUACUGUAGAUUGAUGUGAUAUUUUAUUCUUUGAAAAAUAAUUUUUAAAAUCCUUUCCGUGAAAAAAUUGUAAUUUUAUUGUAGAUAUAUUUAAUUUGUAGUAUAGAAUGUA